AUGACGAACUUAUCUUACGUGCCUUUGGAACAACCAAUUGUUUUCACUUUACAAGGUUUUGUUGUAGCCACGGACGAGGGCUACCCCCUCUUUGUGGUUUCGCUGCUUGUGUACAUGGUGAUGAUCAUUGGAAACGGAACCGUGUUCAUGGUGAUCGUGGCCGAUAAAAAACUCCACAAACCCAUGUAUGUCAUGGUCUGCAACUUAGCAGUCUGCGAUCUACUCGGGGGCACAGCCGUCAUGACCAGACUGAUGUCUGACUUCUUGACAGGGGAUAAAACCAUCUCGUAUGUUGCUGCUUAUUCCCAAGCCUUCACCGUGCACACGUACGGCUCGGCAGCUCCCACCAUUCUCUCGGCCAUGGCGUACGAUAGAUACAUCGCUAUCUGCGAGCCACUGCGUUACCACACCAUCAUGACCGCAUGGAGGCUGGCCGGGCUGUGCAUUCUCGCUUGGUUCAUCGCAAUAGGCCUGGUGGCAGUGCUGUUCAUGCUGAACAUCGGGACCCCGCUGUGCGGCACCUUAAUCCUGCACGUUUACUGCAGCAACCGGUCGAUACUGAGCCUGGCCUGUGUGCCCACCCCUAUCAACAACAUCUACGGGUUGUGUAUGACCUGGUUCCUGAGCACUGGAUCGUUCUUAGUCAUCGCCUUCUCCUACAUCAAAAUCCUCAUCGCGUGCUUAGUGAAGCGGGAAAAGAACAGCAAAAGCAAGGCAAUACAGACGUGCGCCACCCACCUGGCGGUCUACGUCCUUUUCGAGUUCGCCACCGUGCUCAUAAUCGUGACCCAGAGGUUCGAGGAGGUGAGUCCCAACGCCAAGAAGUUCUGUGCCAUACUGUUCGUCAUCAUCCCUCCGGCCGUCAACCCGAUCAUUUACGGAAUCGUCACGAAAGAAAUUCGCACCAGCGUCUUCAGGCUUUUCAAAUCCCCAGUCUUGCCAAAAGAGUCAAAGAAGUGA